GUGAAGUGCGAGAAUGUUGUCGUUCCAACUGUGGACGAGCUUGAAGUGUGGGUGUCCAUGCUGAAGACAUGGCAUACUGCUCCUCUCGUCAGCCAAGACUUUGAUGUGCCAAAAGACAGACCUGUGAUGCCAGAGCAGGCCUUCCUGCUGCAGAUGUCGAUGACAAUGGCCUUGCUGCCUUACUGCCGGUAUGACUUUUUCGGUGGUCUCUAUCAAGGCUUCACCCCGGAAGGAGCUGACAAACCCAACCUCAUUGAAGCCCAAUUCAUGGGUGACGAGCACGAGCCAGGACAGAAGGAUACGGAGGCACACAUGGUCGCCUACGUUGUGAGCCUGAAGGAUGGAGGCUUUGGUCUCAUCCUGGGCUACAAGGGAACUUCGGCUGGCGGAUCGGUCGCUUGCUACGUGCCCUUUCCUGGUUGCAGCAUUUUGUUUGGCCAAGACACAAACGACUGGUACAAAAAUUGGGAUGCCGCCGCUGCGAGAUUGUUCGUGGGCAACGACCAGAUCCAGGUGCAUCGCGGGUUCUUAGAGUACAAAAGAAGCCUCGACAAGCGGAUGGCAAGGUCACCUAUUCCGCAAGAAAUGAAAGCCAUUUUGGAAUCUUGGGGUGUCAAGAAGCACUAUGAGAACUUCUGGCAACUGGUGACAUCUUCUGACUGGAAAUGGUGCGUGUGUGUUGGGCACAGCCUCGGUGGCGGCAUGGCGUCCAUUGCUGCGGCUACGCUUUCAACACGUACCCAAUCCGAUGACAAAGGCCAUGUCUAUGAGGUCGUUGUUGGUGCGCCUAAUGCGGGCAACAAGGCAUUCGCAGACAUGAUGUCCAG